GUAACACCCACAACAUCACAUGCAAACACAGACACACAGUCUGUCAACAUUAGUGUUUGAUUCUCAUCAUGUGAGAUAACCAACACAUGAUUAUUUUACUCUACACUGAUAGAAGAAGCAGUAUUAGCAGAAUUAUUGGAGAUUUGAGUUUAAGAAAGUCAUUUGAGGAACUGCUGAGAGUUUCACGCUGAUAUUCUGAACUCAACCAAAGACAUGAAGUCUCCAUUGACGAUAUCUGGGUUUCUACUGAUGGUAAGAAGUUCAGUGUGUGUGGACAUUACAGUGAGAGGAACAGUGGGAGAACAAGUGACUAUUAAGUGUCCUUAUGAUCAUGGAUAUGAAAACUCCAAUAAAUACUUGUACAAAGGACUUUACAGAGAUAAUAAUAUUAUACUAAAAUCUUAUGGAGGAGAGUCAUCAGUGUUUAAUGGCAGAUUCUCACUGCGAGAUGAUCAUCAGAUGAGAUCAUUUACGGUGACCAUCAGAAAUCUGAGUAUGGAAGAUGCUGGACUGUACGGCUGUAUUGCUGGAUGGGGAGAAUAUAAACAAAUCCAGCUGAAUGUGAUUAAAGCUCCACAGAAAAGAAGACCUGUCCAGAUCUCAACCACCACCAUUCGCACGUAUACAAACACCAGCCCUGACCACACCAGCACAGUGACUAAUCAAACUGAAAGUGAAACACCCAGACAGUGA